AUGGUUCACCAGGACAAUGUCUUCAUCAUUAAUGAGGAUGUCAUCGUAUGGCCCAACCAGUUUAAACAGGGGGUGUGCAAGUUUCUUCAUAUUCCUCAAUGUUCCAUCAGAGAACCUGUCCCUAUUCUUCACAAAUAUUAUCAGUCAGGAGACCUCAUAAUUGCUGGCAUUAUUUCUCAGAUCUACAUAUUUUCAGAUACCCUAACCUUUGAAAAACACCCAUCUCAGGAAUUUUCAGACGACCAUAUGGUGCUGACUCACCUCUACCAGCAUAUCCUGGCCUUGGCAUUUGCUGUAAAGGAGAUCAAUGAAACUCCCCAGAUCUUGCCCAACGUCACCCUGGGCUUCCACAUUUAUAACAGCCAUUUCAGUGCAAGCUGGACCUAUGAAGCCUCAAUGGAGCUUCUCUCAAGAAGGGCCAAGGUCAUCCCUAACUAUAAAUGUGAUGCUGAGAGCACUCCAAUAGCAGUCAUUGGGGGACCUAAUUCUUAUGUCUGUCUUCAUAUGGCACCCAUCCUGUCUACCUACAAGAUACCACAAGUCAUAUAUGGUUCUUCCCCAGUCAUGAAUAAACAAUCUCAAGGAGUUUUCUUCCACCAGAUGUUUCCAAAUGGGGACCAUCAAUAUAGAGGAAUUAUCCAGUUACUGCUGCAUUUCAAGUGGACAUGGAUUGGAGUGGUUUCUCAAGAUGGGGAAAAUACAGAAGGGUUUAUAGAGAAUGUACUUCCAAUCUUUUCCCAGAGUGGCAUCUGCUUUGACUUCAUAGAAACAUUCCCAAAGCUAACAUCUUCCAGUGGUGUCAUGGACAUGGUGGAGGAGGGCUUUCACAGUGUCAGUGUUCUUAUGGGAAGCACUACGAAUGUUGUGGUUGUACAUGGAGAAAUUCAGACAAUGAUGGCAUUGAAAAUGGUGCCCCAAGUUUUAAACUUUGAGCAUAUACUAAUGAGGACCAAGAGUAAAGUUUGGUUCAUGACUGCCCAGAUGGAUAUCACAUCAUUUCCAUUUCAAAGAAAUUGGGACUUAAGUUUCCUUCAUGGUUCUCUGUCCCUUGCGAUUCACUCCGUGGAUCUGUUAGCUUUCCUGAAGUUUCUUCAGAUCAAGAACCCAACCACAGAAAAAGAAGAUGGUUUUAUCAAGGACUUCUGGGAAGAGUCAUUUGGCUGUUCAUUCUCCAGUUCUGUGGCAGAUAAUAUAGGUGGGCAGAUCUGCACUGGGGAGGAGAAGAUGGAGACACUUCCUGUGUCUGUUUUUGAAAUGAGAAUGACAGCCCAUAGCUACACAAUCUACAAUGCAGUCUAUGCAGUGGCACAUGCUUUGCACAUCAGACAUUCAUCCCAAUUCAAGCACAGGGGGAUAACAGAGGGAGUAGGAUGGGGGCUUCCAAAUCCACAACCGUGGCAGACCCAGCCCAUUUCUAUAUGUAAUGAUCACUGCGGUUCAGGUUAUAGUCGGACCAAGAAGGAAGGGAAGCCAUUUUGUUGCUAUGAUUGCAUUCCAUGUCCAGAAGGAAAGAUCUCCAACCAGAAAGACAUGGAUGACUGUGCUCAAUGUCCAGAAGAUCAGUACCCAAACAUUGAGCAUGAUAUAUGUCUUCCAAAAGAUAUAAGCUUCCUGUCUCAUGAUGAACCUCUGGGAGUCAGUUUGGUCACUUUUGCUCUUUUAUUGACUUUCAUUACAUCUUUGGUGCUUAGGAUCUUCAUCAAGCACAAAGAAACUCCCAUUGUCAAGGCCAACAAUCGGACCCUCACCUAUGUUCUCCUCCUAGCCCUCAUUCUCUCCUUCCUCUGUCCUUUGCUAUUCAUUGGCCAGCCCACAAAAACAACCUGCCUCCUUCGACAAACUGCUUUUGGAGUCAUCUUCUCAGUAGCAGUGUCUUGCAUCUUAGCAAAAACAACUAUAGUGGUUCUAGCUUUCAUGGCUACCAAGCCAGGGUCCAGAAUGAGGAGAUGGGUGGGGAAACAUCUGGCCAUCUCCAUUGUUCUUUUCAGCUUCCUCAUUCAAAUGAUGAUUUGCAGUGCCUGGCUGAUAGUUGCUCCCCCACACCCUGAUUUAGACAAGCAUUCAGUGCCUAAAGAAAUUGUACUGGAAUGUAACGAAGGAUCAGUCACCAUGUUCUACUGUGUCCUAGGCUUCAUGGGAAUGCAGGCCAUGGUCAGUUUCACUGUGGCUUUCCUAGCUAGGAAGUUACCAGACAGUUUCAAUGAAGCCAAGUUUAUCGCCUUCAGCAUGUUGGUCUUUUGUAGUGUGUGGUUGUCCUUUGUUCCAACCUACUUAAGCACCAAGGGAAAGUACAUGGUGGCUGUGGAGAUCUUUUCUAUUUUGGCCUCUAGUUUUGGGUUACUGGGCUGCAUCUUCUUCCCCAAAUGUUAUAUCAUUUUGGUGAGGCCAGAGUUAAACAGCAGGGGACAGCUUAUUAUAAGAAAGAAUUAAAACAUGAACAAGUCUAUUUGAUGUAGCAAAUCAUAGCUGGACUAAAUCUCCUUGUAUUCAUUUCAUCUUCUUCUCAGAAUGCCUCAACCCAACAAAACU